UCUGGACGGUCAAGUUCGCUGGCACGUCACGUCCGCACUUGAACUUGCAGCAGCUCAGGGGGCUUCGCUUACUUUCCAUUCCUGUCUUGCAUUCUCCUCCAAGAAGCCAUGAAGCCCAACACAAGCGUCUUUUCGCCAGUACAAGCGUCUUUUCUGUACUAUUCUCUAUAAUUCAUGUGGGAUACCCGAUGCAUCGCUGAAGAAGAUUUUUACUCUGGACACCCUGAAGACUCUGGCGCUUCCCAAUGUGAGCCCAGCUGAGACCGAGUCCAACAUGUCUCGCCGCAAGCAGGGCAAACCCCAGCACUUAAGCAAACGGGAGUUUUCGCCCGAGCCCGUGACGGCAGAUAUCCCAGAGGACGGGGAAAGCAAUCCCGGAUCAGAACCAUCCACCCCUAAAGGGGACCAGGACCUCCUCACCUGUGGUCAGUGCCGCUCCAGGUUUCCUUUGGCCGACAUCCUGGUGUUCAUUGAGCACAAACGCAGGCAGUGUCAAGGGCGCCUAUGCAUGGACAAAAGUUCAGACCUGCCACCAUCGCCUCCCCCCGCAGGCCUGCGGCGAGCCUGCAUCCCAGUGGAGGUGGCGGUUCAAGUUUCGCCCCACGGAGAGGAGCGUUUAGCCUCCACGCCACAUGGAUUACGGCCCAAGCAGGAGAAUUUAUCAGAAAAAGAUGAGCCCAGCAGCUACACUUGCACAACCUGUAAGCAGCCCUUCAGCACUGCUUGGUUCCUGCUACAGCAUGCCCAGAAUACUCAUGGUUUCCGAAUAUACCUGGAAAGCGAACCUGGAAGCCCAUUAACUCCCCGUGUGGCCUCUGCUCCAGGCAUGGGUGGUGACUGUGCCUCUCAGCCACCUAUACAUGCAGCCCAUCUAGGAGACAGUAGUCCUUAUAGCCUGAUGAGGAUAGCCAACAGAGAUGGCUCCUCUGUUCCUAGAGAAGGUCGAUAUCCCAGGACGCCUCCACUCUUUAGUCCCCCACCUCGGCAUCAUAUGAGCCCAGACGAUCUGGCUUUGGCCCCCCACCACCCAAGCGCCUUUGACAGGGUACUGCGUCUUAAUUCGGUACCCUUGGACUCCCCAUCUAUGGACUUCUCGAGACGACUACGGGAACUGGCAGGCAACUCUGCUGGCUCUUCUCCACCCAUGUCGCCCAACAGGCCCAGCCCUAUGCAAAGGCUGCUGCAGCCAUUCCAGCCAGGGGCAUCUCAUUCUCCUUCUGGUCCCCGUUCAACACCUACACAGCAAACACCCACCCUGCCAACUGCAAAAGCAAAAUCCUGCGAGUUCUGUGGGAAGUCCUUUAAGUUCCAGAGCAACUUAAUUGUCCAUAGGCGUAGUCAUACCGGAGAGAAACCUUACAAGUGCCACCUUUGCAACCAUGCCUGCACGCAGGCCAGCAAGUUGAAGCGCCACAUGAAGACCCAUCGGCACAAAUCCUCCUCCACUACCUCCAAAUCAGACGAUGGCCUUUCAACUGCGAGUUCACCUGAGCCAGGAACGAGUGAUUUGCCAAGCAGUGCCACCAAUGCUCUUAAAUCAGUGGUUGCAAAGUUUAAAAUCGAGAACAAUGGCAUGAUCCCUGAAAAUGGACAAGAGGAAGAUGAAGAAGAGGAAGAAGAGGAGGAGGAUGAAGAGGAGGAAGAGGAGGAGGAAGAUGAAGAAGAAGAAGAGGAGGAGGAGGAGAAUGAAAGUGAGGCUGGUGAAAGGAAUGAUAUAAACUUUAGCUUGAGCCUAGAAGGUGCACGUCAUCACGAGAACAAUAGACAACGACACAACAAAAAUGUGGAGGGAAUUCAGGACUACCGAGAAGCGCUCAAACAUUACAAACGAGGCGACCACCACAGAUCAGCUCACGAGACAUUUGGUGACAGUUCCCCAAAAGAGUCUUCUCAAGUCAACGAAGGGUACGGACACAUCGUUAAUGGGUCGGCGUCCUACUCAAAUGAUGACCUCUCAAGAAAACUUCUCGCUGGAAGUCCAGGUUCUGACAGUCCUCUAACUAAGCGAAUCAAGGUGGAAAAAGACCUUGAUCUUCCAACUCCUACAAUUCCCAAUUCAGAAAAUGUGUACUCACAAUGGCUGGCUGGAUAUGCCGCUUCGCGCCAGCUCAAGGAUCCUAUCCUCAACUUUGGGGACUCAAGACAAUCACCUUUCGCCACCUCUUCAGAGCACUCCUCGGAGAAUGGAAGUCUCAGGUUCUCCACUCCUCCUGGGGAGCUGGAUGGAGGCACAGCCUCUGGGCGUAGCGGCACGGGAAGCAGAGCCAGUACACCCCACCUUCCCAGUGGUCGCCCCAGCUCCAAGGAUGGCCGCCGUAGUGACACAUGUGAGUUUUGUGGCAAGGUCUUCAAAAACUGCAGCAACUUGACAGUGCAUCGCCGCAGCCAUACUGGCGAAAGGCCGUAUAAAUGUGAGCUUUGUAGCUACGCCUGUGCUCAAAGCAGUAAGCUAACACGGCACAUGAAGACGCAUGGACAGACAGGCAAGGACGUUUACAAAUGUGAGAUAUGCCACAUGCCUUUCAGCGUCUACAGCACUCUGGAGAAGCACAUGAAAAAAUGGCACAACGAUCGGCCAUUGAGCAUCGAAAUUAAAUCGGAGUAA